AUGGCGGAGUCCUACGUGAAGCCGGGGAACCAGGAGCGCGGCUGGAACGACCCCCCGUUCUCAUACGGGCUGCAGGCGCAGGCCGGGGGCUCCCGCCGGACCCCGCUCACCCGCCGGGCCCCCCCUCCGCCCGCGGGGGCACCCCCAGCGCCGCCGCCCCGGGCGCUGGGGCCGCCCCCGCAGGGCGCUGUCGGCGCUGCCCCGCGGGCCGAGGGCCGGCCGAGCGCGGCGUGCCCGGAGCAGGAAGAGUGCAGCGUGUCCGCCGACACCGUCCUUGCCCCGCUGCGGGCAGCCCUGGACGCCUGCCGGGCCACGGUGCAGAAACAAGUGUGCAAUGACAUCGGGCGGCGGCUGACAGUGCUGGAGGACGCGUGGGCUCAGGGGAAGCUGUCGGCACCAGUGAGGAAGAGGAUGAACCUCCUGGUGCAAGAGCUUCAGCAGCAGCACUGGGAUGCAGCUGAUGAGAUCCACCGCUCGCUUAUGGUGGACCACGUGAACGAGGUGAGCCAGUGGAUGGUGGGCGUCAAACGCCUCAUCGCUGAGACGCGGGACCUGCCCACCGGACAGAUGGAUGGCAGCGCUGACCCCGAGCCUGCAACUGAGCCUGUGACUGAGCCCGUGACUGGGCCUGUGACUGAACUCGCGACCGAGCCAGAGCAGGAGGAGCCCUGACAGCAGGGAUGGGGCUGUGGACUGUGAGCAGGGCAGUCCCUACCCAGAGCCACCGGCAGGAACAGGGCCCCUGCUGCUGGAGGGAGUCUGGGCACCCCCUCUGCCUCCCAAUCCUCAUCCAGGAAAAGGGGAUUUUAAUCAUUGCGACAUUUUAGUGGCGAUUCAUUAUGUUUAAUAAACAGCACCAACCUGCCCCCUCCCACAGUCUCCCCGAGGGU